AAGCUGCAGUAUUCGGUGAGCGGCCUGGAGCCGCUGGCCUGGUCGGAGGACCACCGCGUGUCGGUGUCCACGGCCCGCAGCAUCGCCGUGCUGGAGCUCAUCUGCGACGUGCACAACCCGGGCCAGGACCUGGUCAUCCACCGCACUUCGGUGCCCGCCCCGCUCAACAGCUGCCUGCUCAAGGUUGGCUCAAAAACAGAAGUUGCUGAGGUCAAGGAGAAAUUUGCCACCUCUAAAGACCCUACAAUCAGUCAGACUUUCAUGUUGGAUAGAGUGUUCAACCCUGAGGGGAAGGGUUUGCCUCCACUGAGAGGGUUCAAGUACACUAGCUGGUCCCCCAUGGGUUGUGACGCCAAUGGCAGGUGCCUCCUGGCAGCGCUGACCAUGGACAAUCGCCUGACCAUCCAGGCUAACCUUAACAGACUGCAGUGGGUUCAGCUGGUCGACCUGACUGAGAUUUACGGAGACCGUCUUUAUGAGACUGGUUACAGGCUCUCCAAAAAUGAGGCACCACAAGGAAAUCUCGGGGACUUAGCUGAGUUUCAGAGGAGACACAGCAUGCAGACCCCGGUCAGGAUGGAGUGGUCGGGCAUCUGCACCACUCAGCAGGUCAAGCACAACAACGAGUGCCGGGAUGUUGGCAGCGUACUCCUGGCCGUCCUCUUUGAGAAUGGUAACAUCGCUGUGUGGCAGUUCCAGCUGCCGUUCAUAGGGAAGGAGUCCAUCACUUCGUGCAACACGAUGGAGUCGGGAAUCAGCUCUCCGAGUGUUCUGUUUUGGUGGGAGUAUGAGCACAAUAAUCGGAAAAUGAGCGGCCUUAUUGUGGGGAGUGCUUUUGGACCUGUAAAAAUUCUUCCUGUCAAUCUCAAAGCAGUAAAAGGCUAUUUUACUUUAAGGCAGCCUGUUGUCUUGUGGAAGGAAAUGGACCAGUUGCCUGUGCACAGUAUCAAGUGUGUACCUCUUUACCAUCCUUACCAGAAGUGUAGUUGUAGUCUAGUGGUGGCUGCAAGGGGCUGCUAUGUGUUCUGGUGUCUUCUUCUGAUCUCCAAAGCAGGUCUGAAUGUGCAUAAUUCCCAUGUCACGGGCCUGCACUCACUGCCAAUUGUCUCCAUGACUGCAGACAAGCAGAAUGGAACCGUGUACACUUGCUCCAGCGAUGGGAAGGUGAGGCAGCUGAUCCCCAUUUUUACAGAUGUUGCGUUAAAGUUCGAACACCAGUUAAUUAGACUGUCUGAAGUCUUAGGCUCGGUGAGGACUCACGGCAUAGCAGUGAGCCCCUGUGGUGCCUAUCUAGCCAUUGUUACCACUGAGGGCAUGGUCAAUGGCCUCCAUCCUGUGAACAAAAAUUACCAUGUCCAGUUUGUCACUCUCAAAACCUUUGAAGAGGCGGCUGCCCAGCUCCUGGAGUCUCCAGCUCAGAAUCUGUUUAAGCAGGUAGACUUAAUAGACCUAGUACGCUGGAAAAUUUUGAAAGAUAAGCACAUCCCUCAGUUUUUACAAGAAGCUUUGGAAAAAAAGAUUGAAAGCAAUGGAGUCACCUAUUUUUGGCGGUUUAAGCUUUUCCUCCUGAGGAUUUUGUAUCAGUCAAUGCAAAAAACCCCUCAAGAAAUGUUAUGGAAACCCACACAAGAAGACUCAAAAAUCUUACUGCUUGACUCACCUAGGACAGGCAAUGCUGAAGACGAACAGCAAGAAGAAGGUACUUCCUCCAAACAAGUGACUAAGGAGAAGGGGAAAGAAGGCGAUGGAGAGGAGCCCACCGAUGACUCUCUUGCCCAGACUGGAGAUGGCGGAGGCCAUGAAGCCAUGGAAGAGAAGCUCCUUGAAAUCCAAGGGAAAAUCGAAGCUGUGGAAAUGCACUUGACCAGGGAACACAUGAAGCGAGUCUUAGGAGAAGUGUACCUGCACACCUGGAUCACAGAGAACACCAGCAUCCCAACCAGAGGGCUCUGUAACUUCUUAAUGUCUGACGAAGAGUAUGAGGACAGGACAGCACGGGUGCUGAUUGGGCAUAUCUCAAAGAAGAUGAACAAACAAACUUUCCCUGAGCACUGCAGUCUGUGUAAAGAGGUCUUGCCAUUCACGGAUCGCAAGCAGGCCAUCUGUUCCAACGGCCACAUUUGGCUCCGGUGCUUUUUAACUUACCAGUCCUGCCAGAGUUUGAUAUACAGAAGGUGUCUGCUUCAUGACAGCAUUGCCCGGCAUCCGGUCCCAGAAGAUCCUGACUGGAUUAAGAGGUUGCUGCAGAGCCCCUGCCCUUUUUGUGACUCUCCUGUCUUCUGAGUGUCACUGGUGGAAAGAUGGAAGGGCACAAACUCUGCUGUAGAAAACGCCCUCUGUUCCGAAGAGAGGGUGCGCCCAAGAAAGCCUGGCCCUCGGGAGUCGGAGGCGCCCUUCGUGACUGAAAAGGGGGCCUGGAGCUCCUUUCUGAAGGCAGACCAUCUCCAGGGAAGGAGCAUAGCUUUUAAAGUGGCAGGACACAGUUUGAGUCAUUUUGAGAUGAACAUUAAUUAGCCUCUGUGUUCUUAUCUAGUGAGGAACACUUAUUUUCUAAGUGUCUGGACUGAAGCAGUUUGAACAAAAGGAAUAUUCUGUCAUUUGUAGAAACAGAAUGAUCUCUUCUAGAGAGUUCGGGUAAAGGCUUUGCUGGGCUGAGUUACAGGCUUUAUACUCACUCUGGUCUGGAACUGCUUUGUGGCUUGAGAGCUUCAAUUGUUUGGUAUGUGGCAUUAAAAGUGUCUAAAACAGCA